UAGUUUGCUAGCGUCGUACGGAACUAGAACUGUAGAAGCAUUUUUUUUAAAACGAAAUUAUUGCAAAGUACUGUUUGUCGUUGUCUAUUUGUUUGUUUGUUUGUUUGUUUAAAAAAAAAAUGGGUGAUAUUAGUGAAACAUUAAAUAAAAAAAAUAACACAAAAUGUGAAAAUUCUCAAAAAUUAACGGAAAAUAAAGACGAGGAAUUAACACCAAAUAUUCUGAAGACAUACGCUAAUUUGACGCAACAAAGCUUUUUAAAUGCAAGCGAUCUAAAAGUGCAACCCAUUUCAGGGGCAGGAGAUAAUUCCUAUGGUUUAGUUCUACAGGUAAAUUGUAACGCAAAAUCUGGAGAAAGUUCAGAAACUCCAUUUUCAAGCAUUUUAAAAAUUUCUCCAAAAAAUCCCGCACGUCGUGCUCAUAUGAAUGUUUUUGACUUCUAUACACGUGAAGUUUUUUUAUAUGAGAAGGUCUUUGAAGAGUUUCACGUGUUGGCCGAAGAGCGAAAUUCUAUAAAUGGAGAGUCUGCAGAGAGUGCAUUAUUCGAUAUUGUACCGAAAAUGUUCAGCUAUUCGCUAGAAAAUCAUGACGAAUUUAUCAUUUUUGAGGAUUUAUUAAAAAUUGGUUAUAUACAAAAUGCUAGAAGCAAACCUCCCACAUAUGAUUUGGUGCUGAAGACAUUUCAAACUUUAGCCAAAUUUCAUGCAAUGUCAUUUAUAUUGCAAGCCAAGAAACCAAAAGUCUUUACAGAGCUUGUCUCACAAAUGGUGGAUAAUUUAUUUACCGAGAAUAUUGCCGAUGUGUCUGUAGAAUUUGGUAAAACAUAUAUAAAGCGCACGCGUGACAUGCUUGUGGAGGAAACUGAGCCAAAAACAUAUGAUAACACCGCUGAUAUGAUUGCAGUACUAGACAAGGUAGAACAAAACUUCAAAAAGGUGGGCAUAAGUUGUGUACAAGGAAAUGCAUGUGCGCCUUAUGCAGUCAUUUGCCAUGGUGACUUUUGGAAUAAUAAUAUAUUAUAUAAAUUGGAUAGCAACCAAUGCGCUGAAUCUGCAAAAUUUGUAGACUUUCAAAUUGCUCGGUAUGCUGCCCCAGUACUCGAUUUAAUUCAUUAUACAUUUACUUGCACGGAAAAAACUUUUCGAGAUGCUCAUCUUAAUGAAUUACUUGAUAUCUAUUAUAAAUGUUUAGCUAAACAUAUAUGUCUAUUCGCUUUAGACCCAACAAAAAUUUAUCCAGAGCAAAUUUUCAAGCAACAAUUAUGUAGAUAUGGAAUUUUUGGGCUAUGUAUGGCUGCAUUCUCUAUACCAUUUUUUAUAUCUAAUUCUAAUGAAUUAGUGGAUUUGGAUGAAGUUUGUGAAGCAAUUUCUGUAAUAUCUGCACCUGAGGACUCAACAACACAAAACGCAAACAACAGUGUACCGAGCUCGUCAAAGGACUCAGCGAACAAAAGUGAGGAAAAUAAUGAAAAGAAUCGUGCAUUAAUUAAUGAUUAUUAUCUUUUAACUCCACGUUCGGAGCCUAUAUUUAAAAGACGCAUGACAGGGGUUGUAUGUGAUAUAUUAAAGUACGACAUGGCGGAUUAUGUAUUAAAUUUAUAAAAGUAGUAAUUAUGUUA